AUGGAUGUUUCUUCCACUUCCGAUGAUGAAAUAACCCUCUUGCGCACUUGGGCCCUGACUGUCACUCAUGUGGCAUGUGAUUAUACGGAACAGAAAUUCAAUGCAGAGAAGACAGGAGGAGACCCAGUUAUACCUUCUCCAAACCUAGACACUGAUCUGGUGAUGGCUUGUGAUCAAUUGGUUGAUCGGCUCAUAAAGGCAUAUAAAAAUCCCAUUCAAAUGCCGAUUGAUAUUGCAAGAUAUAGCAAAUUGAUCUCCCCAAAGGACACGGGGCGUAAUGAAGAGAGAGAGGAAAAGUUGCUCGAGAGGUGUCCUCCUGGCCAUGAGGGCACAAAGUUGAUCGACAUACCCGCGACAAUUCUUGAUGCAUCCGGUGCCAUCAUCGCAUGGUACCUCCCAGACGCCUUGACCGAUGCCACCCAGAAUGAAAUUUGGGCGGCCUCGGAUAUGCUAGCUCCCAUGCUCGAACAAAGCAUAAAGCUCGAUGGGAUUUGGCGGACUAAUCAACAGUGGUUCACACCAAGCUCGGAAAAUGAUGUCCUAACUCCCGGAUGCGUUAAUUUAUCUCCGGCAUGGUUUCAGCAGGGGCACGAGAAUCAGUCCGAUCCGGAGGUAUCUGCAUCAUUGAAGGGACCAUCCUCCGAGAACAUCCUCAAAGCCAUUGCGAGGCCAGCAGCCAUUGCCACAGCGGCACUCAGGGUGAUGCAUCCUGAGCAGUACUGGGCAGGGUUGCAGGCCUUUGCGAGCCUCGGAGAAAAGGCACGAAGCAAGGAACUGCCGAAGAUGUCAGAGACUCUCCAGUACUGGGCAACGGUGUUUAACAGCCUCACCGUCAUAUGCAAUCGGGAAACCCCGAAUCAUCGAGACCCCUCAUCGAUUUCCGAAUGCUUUGAUAUUCUCACUAGCGUGGGGAAUUAUUCUAAUGCUCGGAUGAGUAUGCCAAGCCUGCAGCUGGAGUUAAGUGGAAGGGGAUCGGAUUGCCUGGGCAUGGUAUAUGAGGGAUGCUGUUCAUGUUUAUGCUGGGAUUCCGUCGUGUGGAUGGGCAAGGUUGGAUUGGAAGAAGUAGAAAGGCACUCCAUACUCAACAUUCGGGUUUCGGGUCUUGAUAGUCGGGACUUGAUAUUCGAUUUCACCGACUACCGAGUACCGGGUUUCGGGUUUCGGCUUCGUGUUUCGGGUCUCGAUAAUAGGGACUCAAUACUCGAUGGUCGGCACUCACAUCUCGGGCUUCGGGAGUCGAUUGUCGGGACUCGGGUUUCAAGACUCGGUAGUCGGGACUCGAUAGUGCGGAUUCGGGUUUCAAGACUCGGUACCCGGUACUCGGGUUUCGGUACUCGGUGA